AUGAAAAGGGAGAUUAGUCUCUUUGUUGAGAAGUGUAUUAUAUGUCAGCAAGUUAAAGCAAAACAUCAAAAGCCAUCAGGACCAUUAAAUCCAUUGGAAAUUCCAGAGUGGAAAUGGGAGAAAAUAGCCAUGGAUUUUGUAGUAGGUUUUUUGAAGUCAAUGGAAGGACACGAUGCCAUCUGGGUAAUUGUAGAUAGGUUGACAAAGUUUGCUCAUUUCCUUCCAAUAAGAAUGAAUUGUAGUAUGGAUCAAUUUGCUCAAUUAUAUGUUAAGGAAAUUGUCAGGCUGCAUGGAAUUCCAACAUCCAUCGUCUCAGAUCGAGACCCAAGAUUUACUUCUAAAUUUUGGAAGAGCAUGCAGGGAGCUAUGGGGACAACGUUAAAUUUCAGCACUGCCUACCAUCCUCAAUCUGAUGGACAGUCUGAAAGGACUAUUCAAAUCUUAGAAGACAUGCUCCGAGCAUGUGUCUUGGAUUUGGGAGGUAGUUGGGAGUCACAUCUAUCAUUAGUGGAGUUUGCAUACAAUAAUAGCUUCCAAACUACUAUUGGCAUGGCUCCUUAUGAAGCUCUCUAUGGUAGAAGAUUGGCACCCAUAAAAGGAGUUCUUAGAUUUGGCAAGAAGGGAAAGUUGAGACCUCGAUUCAUAGGUCCUUUUGAAAUUCUAGAUAGAAUUGGGAAUGUGGCGUACCGUCUAGCAUUGCCACCUAGACUAUCAGUAGUACAUAAUGUAUUCCACGUGUCGAUGCUUAGAAAGUAUGUGCAUGAUUCUGAACAUGUGAUAAGUUAUGACUCAUUGGAGGUACAAAAACAUCUAACAUAUGAAGAGACUCCUUUGGAGAUUGUCGAAAGGAAAACACAUGCAUUAAGGAAUAAAGAAAUUGCUUUAGUUAAAGUUCAAUGGAAAAAUCAUGGAGUCGAAGGGGCUACUUGGGAAAAAGAAGAAGAAAUAAAAGCCAAAUUAGAUCGGGUCGUGUGGACGCGUAGAAGAUUGAUCGAGCGAUGCUUACGUGGUCAUCACCUUGAAUUCUAUGAAAUGAUUAUAAAUGAACGUCUAGAAAGAAAUAUGUUAUGCAUGCUAUUAUACAUGAAGACAAUGGUUAGAAUUUAUCAGACCACUAGAAAGGCCACGGCUUAUAGAGCAGCGUUGAACCGUAGGUCCAUCAUUCAGUCUUAUGAGAAUUUCGUGACUGACCCGACUCGUCCACUUGUCGAACACGUGCAAGACAUCUAUGAAAAAUGUAUGGCAGCUGUGGAGGCAGGACUAGAGAUCACACGCAUAUUGAGGCUGUGA